CGGGAGCGCGGAGACCACGGCCCCCGGGAGACGGCGAGGCGGAGGGGCCCUGGCCUGGGCGGAGAGAGCCGAGCGCGCGGGCGUUCGCGGUUGAGAGCCGGGGCUCCACUGCGCCCCGCACCGACCCCUCAGCUCCAGCCCAGGGCGCCGCGCCGCAGCCGAGAACCUCCCCGCCUGCGCCCGAGGCACGCGCGGCACAGCCAUGAACACCAACGAAGCCAAGGACUACCUGGCCCGGAGGGAAAUCCCUCAGCUUUUUGAGAGCCUUUUGAAUGGACUGAUGUGUUCAAAGCCUGAAGACCCAGUAGAAUACUUGGAAAGUUGUUUACAGAAAGUAAAGGAACUAGGUGGUUGUGACAAGGUGAAAUGGGAUACAUUUGUCAGCCAGGAAAAGAAGACCUUGCCUCCGCUAAAUGGAGGACAGUCACGGAGAUCCUUUCUAAGAAAUGUAAUGCCUGAAAAUUCAAACUUUCCAUAUCGGCGGUAUCACCAACUCCCUCCAAUCCAUCAAUUCUCCAUAGAAAGUGACACGGACCUGUCCGAGACUGCGGAGUUAAUCGAGGAAUAUGAAGUGUUCGAUCCUAGUAGACCUCGACCAAAAAUCAUUCUUGUCAUAGGUGGUCCAGGAAGUGGAAAAGGUACUCAGAGUUUGAAAAUCGCAGAACGUUAUGGAUUCCAAUACAUUUCAGUGGGAGAAUUACUAAGAAAGAAGAUCCACAGUACCAGCAGCAAUAGGAAAUGGAGUCUUAUUGCCAAGAUCAUUACAACUGGAGAAUUGGCCCCUCAGGAAACAACAAUUACAGAGAUAAAGCAGAAGUUGAUGCAAAUACCUGAUGAAGAGGGCAUUGUUAUUGAUGGAUUUCCAAGAGAUGUUGCCCAGGCUCUAUCUUUUGAGGACCAAAUCUGCACUCCUGACUUGGUGGUAUUUCUGGCUUGUGCCAAUCAAAGGCUUAAAGAAAGGUUACUGAAGCGUGCAGAACAACAGGGGCGUCCUGACGACAACCUGAAAGCUACCCAAAGACGACUGAUGAACUUCAAGCAGAAUGCUGCUCCGUUGGUUAAAUACUUCCAGGAAAAGGGACUCAUCAUGACAUUUGAUGCAGACCGUGAUGAGGAUGAGGUGUUCUAUGACAUCAGUGUGGCAGUUGACAACAAGUUAUUUCCAAACAAAGAGGCUGCAGCAGGUUCAAGUGACCUUGAUCCUUCAAUGAUGUUGGACACUGGAGAGAUCAUUGAUACAGGAUCUGAUUAUGAAGACCAGGGUGAUGACCAGUUAAAUGUAUUUGGAGAAGACACCACAGGAGGUUUCAUGGAAGAUUUGAGGAAGUGUAAAAUUAUUUUUAUGAUUGGUGGUCCUGGCUCUGGCAAAGGCACCCAGUGCAAAAAGCUGGUGGAAAAAUACGGAUUUACAUAUCUCUCAACGGGUGAGCUCCUGCAUAACGAACUGGCAUCAGAAUCUGAAAGAAGCAAGUUGAUCAGAGACAUCAUGGAACGUGGAGACCUGGUGCCCUCAGGCAUCGUUUUGGAGCUCCUGAAGGAGGCCAUGGUGGCCAGCCUCGGCGACACUAAGGGCUUCCUGAUUGACGGCUACCCUCGAGAAGUGAAGCAAGGGCAAGAGUUCGGACGCAGGAUCGGAGACCCACACCUGGUCAUCUGCAUGGACUGCUCAGCAGACACCAUGACCAGCCGCCUCCUGCAAAGGAGCCAGAGUCACAAGCACGCUGAUGUCGCCACCAAGACCAUUGCCAAGCGCCUGGAAACCUACUACCGUGCGUCCAUCCCUGUGGUGGCUUACUACGAGACGAAAACGCAGCUGCGGAAGAUAAACGCAGAGGGAACACCUGAGGAAGUUUUUUCUCAACUCUGCACAGCUAUUGACUCUGUUUUCUGAAGGCAAAAUGCAUGCAAGCAAAGCAGAGUGGACACAGAAAAACAUUAAAAGGGUCAUCCCUUAAUACAACAUGUUUCAAGUUAAGUCUUUGUGUUCCCCCAAAUAUUGACACUGUUUGCUUCCCAGCUAGACUGUGCUGAGAGGUGUCUGCAAAUCAUGCAUGGUGUAUUUGGAACCGCCAGCCUUUCCCUCAUACUUCAGCUGUCUGCACCCCCAGCACGCACACUCUUCUCAUGCAGGCUGUUCCUCAGAGCCAAGUCAGUAUGUGAACACCAGCGCGGUGCCUGUGUCUGUCAGUUGUGCCCCAGAACAUGCUGGAAUAUGACCAUUUGUUUGUACUCCAGAUCCAACAGGAAGUCAGCAUCUAUCAUCUCAGCUUCCUUCCUCUCCCCAGUAUCAGUAUCUGCUCCCAGGCGGGCAGGCAGGUGCAGGCCUGGGCAUCUUCCUGUGGUGGCUGGCUGUUUCCGCCUCCCACCCACUCAUGGCCUAGAGCUCAAAAGUGAGUGGACUAGACAAUGCCAUGUGUACCAGAUGGGGGCACCGAGCAAGUAAAUGUGGAAUCGUAUAGCUUUUCCAGCACAGCAGAACUCAGGUGGGUCAUCAGGAACGUUCUCUACUUAUUUUUAGGCAACUGGCGACUUACAGUAUUGCCACAACGGCUGAGAACAAAUCAAUAAAUCGCAUACCCCAGUCUCCUCUCCACACAGUGGUGCAUCUCGGCAGCAUAAAUUACCAACGACUAAAAGUAAUUCAAAGGCAUAAGAUGAUGUGCUGUUUCAUUCACUGGAAAAAUACCAACUAAUAAUGUUGAUUUUAAAUGAUUACCCAUUUACUUAUUGCCAAGCAAGUAAGAAAGUACAGUAACAAAACUGAUGUGGGCGGGCGGGGCAUGUCAGUAAGUAGUGUUUAGCAGAUUCCGAUGACGUGUUUGUUUCCUACAGGCCCUUCUCAAGGGUUUGCAAACCUUGUUUUGUGCUUCUUUGCAUCAAACAAGUGAAGUUUUCAGUUCUCUUUUGUGCAAUAAAUGUCAAAUCAGAGCUUCUUCUAUAUUCUAUUGGGAUAAGUGCAUCUUCCACUCAGUCACUACAAAAAAACCAGAGUUUUCAGUUUGCAUGAUUUUUUUCUUCAAUGAUUGUGCAGAAAAGGAUCCAUUUCUGAGACAGAAAUGUAUUUUUAAAGUCUUUUUUUUUCUUUCUUGAAAUGGUUAUGUACAAAUAAAAUAAAUGGAAGACAGGAUAACUCUUUUU